AUGGGCGGCGCUCUCGCUGUUAUCGCUUCGGCUUCGGCUGUGGCUUCGGCUGCCAGUCUAUUCUUCUGCUCCUGCCACUUUGUUUGCACGUGCGCGUUUUUUUCUUUUUUUCAUGCGCUCCGGACUUAACAACUUGCUUUCUGUGCCCCUGAACGUUCCGGCAGUGUCGGAAAAACUGAGGAAUUGGCACAAAAGCGUGCUGCGCCGCUGUGUGAUGCGGCGUCUCUGGGAGGAACAGCAGGGUGAAACUUUUCCCUUUUCCAGCGGACGAGAGAAUUCCUGGUUGGUCGGUAUUCUUCUUUUCGUCACGACAACCUAUGCCGAAAUGUGGGCCGUUCGACAAGCGUAUCGGCUCUUGCGAGGCCUGGGCUUCGAGCCCUAUGGGAUCAGGGCUGGAUCGGCAGCAGCCUGGUACCACCGCCGAUUCCACCGACAUGUCGUACGCGGCAGCAUGUUCUCAAUGCUUAAGCGGUGGGGCCAGACAAGGAUACCAUUUUGGACUGAAGUUUCAAUAAUGUUCAUGGCUGCUGAAAUGACAGACAUUCUAUUCAAAAUCACAGUGGUCAUUCUCGGUGCCGCUGUUGACGGAUGACCUUGUUCAAUGAUGUGUCAGAAUCUGUAUGUAAUUUUUCUAAAAAAAAACCUAACUAGUUAUAGUCGUUUCGUGUCUGUAAUAAAGCGGUAAAUUACAAUAA